CCUCCCUCGCUGGUGAGCGGAACCAAGCGGGGGGGAGGACCGCGAGGCGCGCGCUGGGCUCUCCCGCUCCGCCUGCAGCUGCUCUCCCCGGUGGCCCGCGGCCACCCCUCCGGAGGGCUCGGGGCAAGGGAACUUGACGAGCCCGCCUUUGAGCUGAAGGCGGGAAAAUGGCGGACUCCUCGGGGCGCGGCUCUGGGUUGCCUUCUGCAGGGGACCCCAGUACUCCUAGUGGCCCCAAGCCGAAAGGAAAGCAAACACAAGGUGGAAAAAUGGUCGAAUCCCGAUACCUGCAGUAUGAGAAGAAACCCACUAAAAAGGCUCCUGCAGCAGAUGUUUUAAAGACCAGCGGGAAGAUCCCUGAAGGCGGAAGGAAACCCAGCUCCCUCCAGAAGAGCAAAGAAAGCAGUGGGAUCUUCGACAAAGGCGACCUGCAGUCCACGUUGCUGGAAGGACACGGCACCGCCCCGCCGCACCUGGAUCUCUCAGCCAUCAAUGACAAGAGUAUGCUCAGAAAGACUCCACAAUUAGAAAAAAAAGUCUCAAAGAAAACCGAGUCGACAUCAUUUUCUGCCUCACAGGAAAAGGACCCAGAUCUCUCCGAAUUGAUGGAAUCCCAAACAUUACUCCUGACUCUACUGACCGUGAAGAUGGAGAACAGCCUCGCAGCAUUUGAAGAAGAGGCAGAAAGGAAUUUAGUAACGAUGUGCCAAGAGAAGAAGCAGCUCCUGAAAAAGGCCCACGAGCUAAAGCGCAGACUUCUCCUCUGUCAGAAGAAGCGGGAGCUGGUGGAUGUCCUCAACCCCCAGAUUGAGAUGCUCAGCCCCUACGCGGCUGUGUCUGAAAGCUUCAAGGAGCAGUACAAGGCACUCGCAAAGGCCCUGGACACCACGAGGCAUGAGCUGCCUGUGAGAUCAGUUCACCUGGACGGAGGCGCGCAGAAGUUCUUAGAUGAUUUGCAGCGGGAACUGACGACCACACACCAUCUGUUGGGAGAACUUGGGGUCUGCAGUUCAGAAGAAAACGGGAAAGUGCUAGAUCUGCUGGGUGAACUGAAGGAAAUGACCCAGAAGAAGGAUCUGGAGCUCCGAAGGGGAUUUCUAACCAUGGGGUUUCUUCCACGUGUUCCAGAAAGAAUCUUGUUUUCUUCUCCUUGACAAUGCUAAACAUACUUCCUGAGAUGACUAAAAUAUUUGAAAGGCGAUGAUGGAAAUCAAAUGCCACCCGCUGUGGAGUUAGCGUCUUCUGGCCCCAGGAUGAAAUCGGGAUACACCAGAGCGUUCUGGAUUGCAAAGGUCACAGGCUUGAGUGGUUAAACAGGCUCAUUUAACACCUGUGUCCCCACCACCAUGUACUUCGAGGGCGGGCUGGGAUAUGCCCCAUUCACAGUUCUUUUUAAAAACACAUAUUUUUAUUGAUUUCAGAAAGGAAGCGAGAGGGAGAGAUAGAAACAUCAAUGAUGAGAGAGAAUCAUUGGUCAGCUGCCUCCUGCACACCCCCUACUGGGGAUCGAGCCUACAACCUGGGCAUGUGCCCUGACUGGAAUCGAACCGUGACCUCUUGGUUCAUAGGUUAAUGCUCAACCACUGAGCCACACUUGUUUCUUGAACAAAUGAAUCUUUCCUUUCAUGCCUGCCUGGCCCUGUUCUUGGGGGCUUCCCUGUUUGAGUUCUGUUCAGACAGCUUGCUGACCCGCGCUUUCCCACGUGCUCGGGAAGAAUCUGCCUGGACCCGCUGCCUCUGCGCUGCCACCUUGGUGAAGGCAGAGGCGCCUUGGCUCCUUCCGGCCCUCGGGCGCGGGGUGGGGGGCGGCCGGGGGCAGAAAGCA